AACCAACCGACGCUAGGAAUCCCCGUGCGAGGCUACAUCCUUCGGCGUGGACUUCAAUUGAGACUCCAGUUACUCACUGGCAGUUGUGAGGGGCAGUGUGCUUGGCCUGUUACAGGCGCUUGGUUGACUUGUUGAGUGUGUGUAACUAAACCGGCACCAUGUAUGAUGUGUUCGGAUCAAUUCGGGGUCUUCUUAAGAUCGACUCCGUUAGCAUCGAUAAUAAUAUAUUUCGCAUGCACUAUAAAGCAACGAUGUUCGUGCUGGUAGCGUUUUCCAUUCUUGUCACCCAAAAGCAAUAUUUUGGUGACCCCAUCGACUGUAUUGUGGAUAAAAUCCCCGCCAAUCUAAUGGAUACCUACUGCUGGAUCCACUCAACCUACACAAUUCCAUCUCUUGUCGGAGCUAAGAUUGGAGUUGAAGUUCCUCACCCCGGCAUCGCAAAUCCCAAAAGCAAUGAAGAAGAAUAUGAAGUGAAGUACCACAAAUACUAUCAGUGGGUGACGCUUUUCCUCUACCUCCAGGCGAUUAUGUUCUACAUCCCCCGCUACCUGUGGAAGGUUUGGGAAGCCGGUAAAGUGAAGAUGCUGGUCAUGCAGCUCAACUCGCCUAUUGUGGACGAUGAUGCCAAGAGGGAGCGCAAGAAGAUGCUUGUAAAUUACUUCAACGUCAACAUGCACAACCACAACUUCUAUGCCUACCGAUUCUUCUUCUGCGAAUUGCUCAACUUUGCUAACGUUGUUGGCCAGAUCUACUUCACUGAUCGCUUCUUGGGUUACGAGUUCACGACCUACGGCACGCGCGUGGUGCAGAUGAGCCAGCAGGAGUUCGGUACCAGGAGUGAUCCCAUGGACGCCGUUUUCCCCAAGGUGACCAAGUGCACCUUCCACAAAUACGGUAGCUCAGGCAGCAUCGAGACUCACGACGGUCUGUGUGUUCUGCCAUUGAACAUUUUCAAUGAGAAGAUCUACAUCUUCCUGUGGUUCUGGUUCAUCAUCGUGGCCAUCAUCUCGGGCAUCGGUCUGCUCUACAGACUCGCCACUUUUCUGGCGCCUUUCCGCCAGAUCCUCCUGCGUACGCGGUCCAGACUUGCCUCCCAGGAGGACGUUGAGGCUGUGUCGCGCAAGUGCCAAAUCGGAGACUGGUUCUUACUCUACCAACUUGCCAAGAACAUGGACCCGUUGAUUUACCGUGAAUUCAUCACGGAACUGGCACUAAAAUUCCAAGGAAAAGAGCCUAUAAACUAGCAGAUGCCUACAAUAAACUAGUUUUAUCACAGUAAUGCGUUUCGUUUAAUAGACUCCAAGUAGCACUGCUUGACUCCUGAAAGAUGGAGAGGUUCUGAAAAAUCUUCGUCUUGAUUGUAAGUUCAAGGAAGCACUCGACAAAAAACAACGGAAUUCCGUAUCUUAUGUUCUCUUCUCACGACUGGGGUUGAAGCACUAGUUAUCUUCAAACUCCAUUGAUUUUAGUGUGCCCAAUCUAAAUAUAUUGUACGUGUCUAAAAUUACGAUACGAUUUAUUAUGUUCGCAUCUAUUCGAGUUAUACCGUUGCAUCCUAACGGUAAUUAUUAGAUGACGUAUAAGACGGUUGUUCGUAUAAGACAAAAAAUUGAGUUUGAAGUCACUGAUGAACUUUUUUCGGUACAUUUCGAGGUGUUUAUCAUUUUUGGAAACAUUUACUUGUAAGUCCAAAUGCUUUCCAAGUUUAAAUCCUAUGAGUAAUACGACAGCCAGCGCUUGCUUAUUUUUGGACCGAAGAUCUUUUUUUUUUU